AUGGGUAUUAGGAUGAGCACUACGGUUCUCGAGGUGCGUGGCAAUGCUCUUGAUGUCGCUCACACGCUCACUCUCGUUGCAGCUCGUCAACGCCACUACCACCCCCGAGGUCAAGCGCGUCAAGACCGAUCGCACCCUCUGCUUUCCCCAACGCCCAUCAGUAUCAAGAUCAUCAGACUUUAUCGACCUGCAACUACUUUUUUCGACGCUCUAAAGCUCCCCUUUGGUGCCUUCGAGACCUACCUCGCCCGGGUCACUUUCCUACCUUGUGGGGAAGGCCCAAUGAUUCGCCGCCUUCUGGCGCUCCUCGUCAAGACACUCCUUCGCGACGUCAAAACUCGCUUCCGGAAUUUAUUUGGCCUGACGCUCCGCACAAUUCUAACCCUCCGAUGCCCUCAACGCUUCAACAGCAAGUCCCGCAACCCGCCCGCUGGUCCGUUGGAGCAAGAGCAAGGAGCAAGAGUCAACGCGCGUGCCUCAAGGAUGUGUGCCUCGAGACCCCUUGGAAUAGGUGCACGGCCGGCGGGCAGUGCACCGGCGCCAGACCUCAACGUGGUCCAAGGGUGA